AUGAAGUUCCUCAACAUCGGUCUCGUCGCCCUCUCCUCGCUCCUCGCGACCACCUACGCGGCCCCGACCAACGGCCUGCUCCCCGACGUUGAAGUCGAGGUCCCCAAGGUCCCGGACGUCGCCGUCAACGUCCCUGAGGUUCCCAAGCUCCCCGCGCUCCCCACGCUCCCCAAGACACCCGCGACCGAGAUCCUCGACAGACGCGGCAAGGUCGUCUACACCAAGGUCCAGGAGACCGUUGUCAUCGUCAAGAAGCACUGCGGCGCCAUCAACUCCACCGUCGACGGCGUCGCCGGUGGCCAGGUCGCCGAGAAGAAGGAGGCCAUCAUCAAACUCGUCAAGACCGAGGUCACCACCAUCGUCAGCCUCGUCCACAAGCUCGUUGGCGAAGUCAUCGAGCUCCUCGGCGAGUCCGUCGAGAUCGUCGGCGAGGAGAAGAAGGAGAUCAUCAGCCUCGUCCUCGAGCUCGUGUUCGACAUCAUCUACGCCUUGAAGAACGUCAUCAAGGUCCUCGGAAUCAGCAUCUUUGACCUCCUCGGUCCUCUCGUCUUCGUUCUCCUCUCUGUUGUCUUCCAGCUUCUCACCACUCUCAACGGCCUGGUCGACGGCCUCCUUGAGAUUGUCUUCUCCGUCCUUGGCGGCGUCAUUGGCCUCCUCCUUGAGGUCCUCAAGGGCCUCCUGCCCAUCGUCACUGGCCUCGCUGGCGGUGUCCUCAACAAGCUUAACCUUGGCGGUCUUCUCUGCAACCUCCUCUAG